AUGUCCAGACCAACGACUGCCCACGAAAACAUGAUGGAAACGCAAGACAGAACAUUCCUGUCCUCUCUACGGCAUUCAACACAUGCAUAUGCGCCUGGAGCGCCGCAGCCCCAAGACGUUGAGCCAACGCCAGCACAACUUGAAGCCGGCCUUCAAGUACAGGAACCAUGUCCAGCUACAGUGGCGCCCAGCGGACAUCUCCACCGACACAGAUCGAGGUCUUCUCGACCACAGAGGGCAGAUCGCGGGCAUUCCGACUUCUCGAUAGCAUCUUCUGGUGUCUCGAUCGCGGAAGUCCCUUCGCCAGACGAGAUUCUCGCCAAAAUUGAGAGCCACGGUCUAGGAACGUAUCGCUACAUCAUCACCGGCGUGACUCGAGGCCAGGAACAUUCUGGCGGCGCCGAAGGUCGACCAGCAGACUCAAUCGGUGCAAAAUUUGGAAUCGAGCGUUUGGACUGCGCGGACGACCACAUCGCUGCGAAAGAGCAGCUCCAACAACUCGCGGACGAAUAUCCAAUGCCCGAGCCCCGACAUGGCGAGACACACAACCAGAUCCGCUAUCGUCACUUUGCCGUCUAUCAAAGGCUCUUCGCGACCGUCAUCGCAAUCAACAUGAUCCUUAUCAUUGCUUUCGCGGUGGUGGCUGGAGUCAAGGGCCAGCAGAAGAUUUUCACCUACGCCGAUGCAUUGACAGCAGUAUCCGCCAAUAUCCUGGGAGCUCAAAUGAUGAGGCAAGAACAUUGCAUCAACAUGCUGUUCCGCAGCGUGCUCAGUCUUCCGCACUCCUGGUCGGUCCAGGUCAGAAGACACGCAGCCAAGAUCUAUUGCCAUGGAGGCGUGCAUUCUGCUUGCGGAGUAUCCUCGAUGGGAUGGUACAUCUUCUUCGCCGUCCUGGUGCAAAACUGGCCAGCAAGCAACGCAGCGUACAAGUAUAUCGUCUUGGCCACCUCUGUCAUCAUUCUUCUGAUGUUCGGCGUCCUCACGAUCGGCUCCAUUCCGUGGUUCAGAGCACGCUUCCAUAACCAGUGGGAGCUCAUGCAUCGAUAUUCCGGAUGGACAACAGUCGCAUUUUUCUGGGUUCAACUGUUCUGCAUCAGUGCAUCGGAUGCCGCCACGGAGUCCCAGAACCUCGGCAUACUUCUCGUCAAGACUCCAUCAUUCUGGAUGUUGAUCGCCACGACACUCCUGCUCAUCUACCCCUGGCUCUUCCUCCGCAAGGUUACCUUUGUAGCGGAAAAGCUCUCCACGCACGCCACCCAGCUCCACUUCAACACCAACAAAGUCCUUCCGACCUGCGCAGGUAUCGCCCUGUCCGGCGCACCCCUUGUCGAAAACCACAAAUUCGCCACAAUCCCAGAGCCAGAUAAUCAACCCGGUUUCUCCGUCCUCGUGGCCAACAACGGCGACUGGACCAAGAAGCUCGUCGACAAUCCGCCUCAAUACCUCUGGACCCGCGGCGUGCCAGCCCUCGGUGUAGCACGCAUCGCCAAGGUCUUCCGACGUAUCGUCCUCGUCGCAACAGGCAGCGGAAUCGGCCCCUGUCUUUCCUUCAUCAACGUCCAUCCCGAGUGGGCAAUGCGAAUCGUAUGGUCUGCCCGUCUUCCUCUAGAGGGCUACGGAAAGUCCAACAUUCAGAACAUCCUCCGAGCUGACAAAGACGCCAUUAUCAUCGAUACAAAGAAGACCAGCUACAAAGAGGAAGACAUGCCAAGUUUGGUCAAGGUGACCUACGCGGCCUACCAGGAUUUCGACGCUGAGGCCGUGAUUGUAAUCAGCAAUCCGGCCGUCACGCAUGAGAUUGUUUACAACUUGGAAAAGAGAAAGGUUCCGGCUUACGGAGCGAUUUGGGAUUCUUGA